CACGCCGUCGUUCUCUUUCCUCCCUCGACACCAACACUUUCCUCAGCUCCGGACUUCUUGGCCUGCUAUCCCUCUCCGCAUCUUUAAUCUUUGGCCAAAUAUCAUAUGCUUGAUGAGUGCCUAUCCCGUCACCGUUGCACAGACUAGAAGUUCGCCUGCUCAUCCUCGUCCAUUCAUCCGCCUCUGACGUCCGCCCGGCUACCCUGUCGAGUAGUGGGGUGUGUGAGCGAACGCGUGCCAUUAACCGCAAUGCCUACGUACCCCAUCCGCCGUCGGCCUCGCGAAUGUAAAACUUGCCUUCCAUGUCGGGCGAGCAAGGUUCGCUGUGAUCGCAAUGUGCCAUGCGGAAACUGUGUUAAGCGCAACUUCACCUGUUCCUACGGUCGUCCUCCUCCCUCAGCGCCUAGACCCGGAUCGCUCCUCGCCGACCAAUACGCCUCCGCGACCGCCUCAACAACCACCACACCUCCAUUCCUACCUCCGCAGUCGCAUCAUUCGUCCGGUCGCGAUGCUCCCUACGGCCCCGAUCCCGGAUCGAUCGGGUCGACCACCCAAGAUGGUCUAUCGGACGUUGUGACUCUGUCUCAAUCGGAAUGGGACGAGAUAAAUACUAAGAUGCGGACUAUGGAGGAGAUUCUGGUCAGUUUGGACUCCUUGUUCCAGACUCACGGGGCGCGGAAAGCUACCGAUCCCCAAUCGGACGUGUCGCCGUCGGAGGAAGAAGUCUCAACCCCGUCGGAAGGCAUUUAUGGCUCAACUACAUUGAAGACCGGCUCCGUCCAUAUUGGGUCGCGAUCGGCAUUGAUCGACAUUUUGGACAAAUCGAAGAACUCGGAGGAUACGGCACAGGCGCUGCCAAAGGAAGACCUUCUUGCGGAACUAGCCUUGGGCAACGAGUCCGCCGCUUAUCCGUUCGUAGAUCUUUGGUCGUCGGACCCUUAUACAUUCAACAUUGCCGGUGUAUGUAACGUACUGCCUGAUGACGAACAGUGUCGAAAGCUGUUGAAGUUCUAUACAGAAGUUGGUUCCGUGCUGUAUCCUGUGCUGCCAGAUAUCUCGAGACUGGAGGAGAACAUGGAACGACUGCUGAAAGGCCGACAAGCUGCCGGUGGUGUGUAUCGACCGGAUGCUAACGGUCUAGUCAAACCAUUUGGCAUGAGUGUAUCCUUCCUGAGCCUUCUCUUUGCGGUUCUGGCUUCGGGCUGCCAAUUGUCCGAUUUGCCAGGCAAGGAACGGGAGUUGACCUCAUGGGUAUAUGUAUCAUGUGCUUAUCAUUGUUUGCGCAUGUUGAACUAUGUAUCUCAGCCGACCGUAGAAAUCAUCCAAAUCCUGCUGGUCAUUGGCAGCGUCUUGUCCUAUAACAUGAACGCAGGAGCAUCGUACACAUUGCUUGGAAUGACCGAGCGUAUGUGUAUGGUGCUGGGUUUGCAUGUCGAGACGUCGGGUUAUGCACGACACGUGCAAGCGGCGCGGAGGAGAGUCUGGUGGGCGAUGGCUUUUCAGAACAGCCAUUUUUCCCUGGCGUACGAUCGGCCUUCCAUUACCAUGAUCAGCCAGCCCGAGAUUCCGUACGAUCCCAAAUCGAUGCCGGGCCACCGAGGAUACUUUGAGACGCUGUGUCGCAUCAUUUCCGUUGUCCUCGAGAUGCUGCGAGGUCUCAUGUUCACCCAUCAUUGCCACCUGCGGUUCCAUGAAAUUCGAGAUUAUAAGCAACGCAUUGAACGGAUCCUCGCCGAGGCGGCACCGCACUUGCGAUUCCAGGAACGCUGCACCACUCUCGCGGAGCAUAUCGAACGGACCGAGCUGCGGCUGCAUUCGUCAUAUUUCAUAUCGCUCAUGUGUCGGGUGUCGUUGGAUCCAGACGCACACCUUGAUGAGCAGCGGCGAGAGAUUAUCAAGGAGGACUGCUUGAACAACCUGAGCAACACGAUACAGGCAUUCAUCGAGCUGCAUUCGAUUAACGUGCAUGCAUCGCGCACCUGGAUCAGCCUGCAACGGACGAUCGCGUCAGCAUUUCUCUUGGUGGCCAAUAACAAUGAGCGACUCCACCCGCACACAUGGGAUCUGAUACAGAAAUUGGAAGCGGUGUUGACCGAUCAUGUGCAUGGCGAUGGCGAAGCCGAUCGAAACAGUCGCACCGACUCCGCCAAACACCUUUCCUCAUCGCUCCGUGCCUUGCGCGAAGUCAGUGCCGCCUUCCGUGCGCGCAGCAAGAAGCAAGACAAGCUAUCGGUCCCAGAGACUGUUGCGACCACCCCAAAUCUGUCUCCUGCCAUGGUGUUCACUUCACCAUCGCCCGCAGGCUUUGGCCCCGUUGGGGCUCCGUAUCCCCCGAAUUAUAGCGUGUCUCCUGAGGAUGGACAUAUUGAUAACAUUCUUAAUCGCGUCUCGGAUGUAAUGCUUUUCCCCAGCAUGGGUACUGGGAGUGCUUGAACCAACUGGGCUGCUACGCGAGAUUUAUAAGGGUCCCGAGUAACAUAGGCUGAACUCCCCAGCCGUGGCGCCAUUGCCCAUGAUCUGUCCUUGCGGACGAUCCCCGUAAUAAAGGCG